CUGACGAAGCGAAGAAGAGUCUCUUACGUCAUCGGUGUGUUGUGGAGGAAACAGAGGAGGCCGGAGCAAGAUGGCGGGGUCCAAGGUGAAGCAGGACAUGCCUCCUUCGGGAGGUUAUGCUGCAUUUGACUACAAGAGAAAUCUACCAAAAAGAGGACUAUCUGGUUAUAGCAUGUUUGGCAUUGGCAUUGGCGUUAUGGUGUUUGGUUACUGGAGACUGUUCAAGUGGAACCGGGAGAGGAGGCGAUUGCAGAUUGAGGAUAUGGAAGCCAGGAUAGCUCUAAUGCCGCUACUUCAGGCAGAGCAAGACCGCAGAACCUUACGCAUGAUGAGGGAAAAUUUAGAAGAGGAGGCUGUUAUCAUGAAAGACGUUCCAGGCUGGAAGGUCGGCGAGAGCGUAUUUCACACAGACCGCUGGGUCACCCCUCCGUCCGAGGAGCUCUUCAACCUCAGGCCACGGGAGGAGUUUAUACAGAAGCGCUUUGGCUUCUUGCGGCAUAUGUGAAGCACCCUGAACAUUAGUGGCCACCAUUCCCCAAACACCUGCCCUAACUAGGGCCUUCACUGUAAGCCUACCUUGUAAAUGUUCUAUUAAACAUCUUUUUUCUGUAGCUCA